CGAUUUGGAGCUUUUUUUAGGGUUAGGGUUAGGGUUAGGGUUUGGGUUCGUUUUUGGUGAAUUUUGGGGUGAGAUCUCUAGGUUUUUGGAGGAAGGAAUGAGGGUGCACCCAGCGCCGAAGAGGAGGAGCUUGCCGGUGGCUGCCGGCGGUGGAAUCGGAGGUGCUUGGCGGCAGAAGAAGCUCCGGCGGCUUCCGCAUAUCUUUAGUAAGGUUCUGGAGCUGCCGCUGGGGUCGGACGCUGAGGUGGUGGUUCAAGAAAGUCCGACGAGUUUCCGGUUCACGGCGUCGACUGAGGAGGCGUGGGAUGAGGUCCGGGCGCAUGCGAUUGAGAUCCAUCCUGGUGUGAUGAAGGUGGUCGUCAGGGAUGUUGGUGAUGAUGAUCCGCUUGCUGGCGAGGAAGGGCUUGAUGAGCUUGAGCUCGAUCGGUGGCGAUUCCGCCUCCCGCCUUGUACUCGCCCUGCUCUCGCCACCGCGGACUACGUCGGCGGCGUGUUGAUCGUGACCGUCCCUAAAGGGGGCGUUGAUCUUGAUGACCGUGUUGAUGAUGGUGGCCUUGGGAUCGGCAACGAUGAUCUCGGGAUCGGUCGCCUCGUCUUUGUACAAUAGUAAUCUCUUUAUCUCUUUUUCAUUCCAUCUUUGUUUUCGCAAUCUUUUCUCAAUUCGAAUGCUUUGUUUUGGUUCUUGAAUGCAUGAAUCAAGAGAACAUCUUGGGCUGUUUUUGUAUAUAUAUAAGGUUGGAUUUUUCACCAUUUAAGUUGUUCCAUUUUUAAGAAUUUUGCUUUUGAUGAUA